AGAAUUUAUUUCCCUAAAAUUUUGAGGUUUUUUGAUAUACCAACCAGUUCAAUCUUAUAUCUCUAUUCUUUACUUUAAUGAUAAACAAUCAUUAAUGUAGCGUGUAACAUUAUUUAAAUUAUAGGUAUGAUUGGGUCAUGUAGUUAGUUAAAGACUGUAUAUUGAUAAUAAUAACAAUGCGAUUAAAAAAGGCUGUGGUUGUCUUUGGCUCUCUAAUAUUGACAGCAGUGUUAUUAAUGAUAAUAUCUGCAAAUUAUUUGUCUAUGUUUCCCAAUAAAAAAUCAACAAUUGUUGAAGAUUUUGCUGAGAACAAAUGGUUACACUUUGAAUCUAAAAUGAAACAAUUGGAAGAAGACCUGCAUAAACACCAUGACGCAGUUGACGAAAUGAAAGAAAUGAUGAAAAAUUUGAUGCAGACCAAUACAACUGUUUAUCCAUUAAAACAAAUAGUGCCUUUUAAUAGAUCUCGAAAAGAAGUUGUAGAAUCUGAAUUUAUAUUUGACAAAACUUGUUCUUUUAAAAUUGAUAUGGUACCCCAAAUGGAUAUACAGAUGUUAGAUGUAUAUAAUAGUCUUAAUUUUGACAAUGUGGAUGGAGGAGUAUGGAAACAAGGAUGGCGGAUUGAUGUAGAUGAAAAGGAAUGGAACAAACAUAAUAAAUUAAAGGUGUUUGUUGUUCCACAUUCCCACAACGAUCCAGGUUGGAUCAAAACAUUAGAGGAGUACUAUGUAACUCAAACAAAACAUAUCUUGGAUAAUAUGUUGACUAAGUUGCCCGAGGAUCCUAGAAGAAAAUUUAUUUGGGCUGAAAUAUCCUAUUUUUCGAUGUGGUGGGACGAGUUAAAUGAAGAUAGCCGGGAGAUUGUAAAAAGCUUGCUGAUGAAAAAUCAAUUAGAAAUAGUAACAGGUGGUUGGGUAAUGAAUGACGAAGCUAACUCACAUUGGCAGUCGAUUGUGACGCAACUCAUGGAUGGUCAUCAGUGGUUAAGACAGAAUUUGAAUUAUACUCCAGUCAGUCAUUGGGCUAUCGACCCAUUUGGAUUGAGUUUAACCCAGCCUUAUUUACUUAAAGAGAUGGGACUUAAAAACAUGUUGAUACAAAGAGUGCAUUAUUCCAUCAAAAAAGAGUUUGCAAGUAAAAAACAUUUGGAGUUUAGGUGGCGACAACUUUGGGAUAGCACCGGCAGUACAGAAAUUUUAACACAUAUGAUGCCUUUUUAUUCUUAUGACAUUCCCCACACGUGUGGACCAGACCCGAAAAUUUGUUGCCAGUUUGACUUUAAACGACUGCCAAAUCAUGGCCUUUAUUGUCCUUGGAGAAUAGCACCUCAAGUCAUUACAGAGAGGAAUAUUGCAGAAAGAGCAGAGCUUCUAUUGGAUCAGUAUAGAAAGAAAUCGAAGCUUUUUAAGACUAAUGUAGUCCUUGCUCCUUUAGGAGACGACUUCAGAUAUGAUCAUCCAACGGAAUGGGACGUGCAGUUCGAAAAUUAUCAAAAAUUAUUUGAGUACAUGAACGGAAAUGCUAAAUUAAAUGUCCAGGCUCAGUUCGGAACGUUGACAGACUAUUUUAAUGAACUCCGAAAACAAAAAUAUAAAGAUUUUCCUACUUUUUCUGGCGAUUUUUUCACUUAUGCGGAUCGUGAUGAUCAUUAUUGGAGCGGCUAUUAUACUUCUAGGCCGUUCUAUAAAAGAAUGGACAGAAUGGUACUAUCAUAUGUAAAGGCAGCUCAAACUAUUCAUACAUUAGCAUACUUAAGCGGUAAACCAGGAGCAUCUUGGAUUGUUGAUGCAAAGCUUGGUUUAGAAAAUAUGAUAACUUCAGCUCGAAAUGCUCUUUCUUUAUUUCAACAUCAUGAUGGAAUUACAGGAACUGCCAAGAAUCAUGUUGUUAUUGAUUAUGCAAAGAAAAUGAAAUCGGCAAUACGAUCAUGCCAAGACGUAAUUCAAUUAUGUACUCACAUUCUAUUAAAUGGGUAUGACGCUGAAGUACCGAAGAAAGAGUUUCCUCGGUAUAACAUUGACGAUUUUACUCCUUCCCAGGAAGAACAUCACCAAAUUAUUAUUGGCUUUCCAGAAUUGCGACAGAAAAAGAUGGUUAUAUACAAUACAUUAACCUUUACUAGGCGUGAAGUCGUAACUUUUCAUAUAUCUACACCUUUUAUUGAACUACUUGAUUUUGAAGGAAAGAAGGUGAUGUGCCAAGUUUCUCCUAUAUUUGAGUAUGGACCAUCAAUGUCACAAACCAAGUAUCAAUUGUCAUUCAUUGCUGAGGUACCAGCCUUAAGUCUUAUUGGAUAUACUGUAAAUGCUGUAUUACAAGAAGACGUUCCAAAGGAAACAGUUCUUUCAAAAGUUACAAUAUUAAACCACUAUGGUGAUGUAAAAGCUCCCAAUGGUUUCCUCCCAGAAAUAUCAUCCAGAUCUAGAGAAUUUACUCUACAAAAUAAAAGAGUAACUGCCUCUUUCAGUGAGUUAGGUUUACUAAAAGCAUUAAAACUUGGAAAGAAAACCGUACCUGUACAUUUAGAUUUUGCAAAGUAUGGUGUUGGUGUUAGACUUAAUUCUGAAAGAAGUGGAGCAUACUUGUUUUUACCGGACGGCGAUGCUGUUCCUUUGGAAAUAGAAAAUGUGGUUGUAAAUAUAAUCGAAGGUCCUUUAUUUUCGUCUGUUCUGGUUCAACUGCCUUAUAUUCAACAUUCUGCUGUUAUAUAUAACACACAAGGGGCUGACGGUUUGGGAAUAGAACUUCAUAACUUAGUAGAUAUCACGAAAACGAAUAAUUUCGAAAUAGUGAUGCGGCUGUCAACAAAUAUUAAUAAUACAGACGAGUUUUUCACCGAUGAUAAUGGUUUACAGAUUUUAAAACGAAGACGAUUUAAGAAACUUCCACUGCAAGCUAAUUAUUAUCCAAUACCAACAAUGGCCUACAUUGAAGAUGAAUAUACUAGACUCACAGUCACUACCAGCACCCCAUUAGGUUGUAGCUCUUUAUCACCUGGUCAGAUUGAAGUUAUGUUAGACCGUAGAUUAAAUCAAGAUGACAAUUUAGGAUUAGGUCAAGGAGUAAUGGAUAAUGCUCCUACUAGGCAUAUUUUUAGACUACUUCUAGAACAAAAAAAUAGUAACUGCCAAACAACUGCAAAAACGCAUCCAGCCGGUUUUCCAACUUUGACAGCAUACAUGGCAUCGCAAUCUUUGUUAAACCCAAUGAUUAGGCUUCUUCAAGCGAAUGAUGACGAUACAGUAUCAAAAAGUUAUUACGUUCCUAUGGAAGACUUCGGUGUAGAUUAUGCUAUGCCUUUACUUAAGUCUAAUGUAACAACACCCAGAGGCAAUUCAGAUAUUGGAAUAGUGUUACAUAGACAAUUCUUGGAUCUUUGUUUUGGUGACAGAGAGUUAUUAGAACAAUUUCCUUUGAGUGAUGGACGGGUUUCUAUUGAUGGACUCGUUCCCGCAGGCAGACUAAAGAAUAUAUCGCAAGCAUCUCUAUCAUUCCUACAGCUAAAUCGUGAUGUAAAAGUAGAAAAUCCAAUUAAUAUAUGUCCGAUGGAAAUGAAAGCGUUUGUUGUGUGAAAUGAAUGAUUGUGUGUUUGAUUAGUCAAUUUUUUUAUUGUUGCAAUAUAUUAUUGAGAUU